ACGAAACCGGCGUCGCCCCCAACAGAGAUGUUGCCAGCCCGACGGCAGAGUGUCCUGCUCGAGGAUGACGACAACGAGCCGAAGAAGACGCUGCAGCAAAAGGAAGUGAUAUCGGCCCAAAUGAUUGGCGUUGUUCAGAGCCGACUUGAUUCCCUGCGGUCAGUUGCUGAGAACAGAAUCUACGGCUUGGAAUGCGACUUGAAAGCAAAUUUGAACCAUUCAUCUCGAAUGGUGUCUGGACUCCCCGACCCGUAUGAAAUACACCACGUGACCACGACCGGGCGGCUGCGCACGUCCGCGCUGGCUGGAAACGCCCGCAACCAACUCCUCCUCGAACGCUUGUUUGGCCCCGAUGAGAAGCUCCGGACUCGUAAUAAAACGAUGAAGAAAUCGAAAGCCGAUAUGCUCAAGUCGGAGACGCGACGGAACAAGCGUGCGCAGCUGGAGAAGCAGCUCCAGGUCAGCAUCGAGCGCCACGUCACCCGCACGGUCGAUAGCAUCUUGACGGCGUCCGACACCCAUAACAAACGCAACAUCGAACUCAACGCGAAGCUCCUUUUGUCCCACACGAUCGAAAAAAUGCGGAUCGUCCAAGGCAAGAAAACGUUCAAGCGGUUUGCCUUGACCGACCUCUCGUGCACACAAUUUGAGCAAAUCUUUUGGCUCGUCUUUAGUCGGAUUUUUCAAAAGAACUCGGAAGCCGACCAGGAGAAAACAAUGGAAGCGAUCUGCGCGCUCUAUGUCAAGAUGCUGUCCGUAUUGCGUCUCAACAAAGACCUCAUCUUUCGCAUCUACCCCUACGCAAUCGCAGGGUCCAUUUGCAGUGGGUUUCACUACCUGUUUCCUGGGUCAAGGCACCUGUACGUCCACGACUUCAAGCACGAGGUUUUUGUCAUCGUGUGCGAGUUGCUCCUGGGCCUCAAACUGUGCCCCAUCUCAGUCCAAAUGAUGCGCAAGCAGUAUUUUCCAGAGGACUUGCUCGAGGACGUUGCAGGAAAGGUGAAAUAUCACGACAGCUCGACCGACGCGGCUGCGAAAACGCCACGGCACGGCAUGCUGCGCAAAUCGGCGAGCGACUUGACCUUGUCCAUGCCGUCGACGAACCUGCGGGUUCAUCAAGUACGAGCGUCAUUCAAUGCAGCGCAGCUGAGUCCGUUGGUGAAAGAAUACCUGGCGACCAACAAAGAAGGACUCAAGAAGCCAUGCUUUCUGCGACGCACGACGCCCAUCGAACGGUGUUUGGUCGGAGGCGAAGACACAUAUCGCAAAGCGUUUUCAAAGAAAGGCCAGGCUGUCAACUUUGCCCAGCACUCCGCCGAGCUCUACGAGGAAUACCGAAAAGAUGUGGCCAAAUACCAGCAGACCGCCCAUCACGCCAUCAAGCUCCUCGACGAGACAAAAGAUAUUGUGUUGAACGGCGGGAAGGCUGCGAUUCGUGCGUACAAGUCCAUCUUGCAAACACACUCGGUCGUGGAGGACGAGGCGGAGCCCCUGGCUAUACAGACCACGUCGGCCCGCAAGCACGGUGGAUAGAAGGCCGAGAUCGUUUAAACUCGGCCAGAUCGGUCACAACAGCGGGAGCCACGUCUUCCUCGACAAUCGACUCGAAUGGUAUGUGGGUGGCACGGUGGUUCUGCCCCACGACGUGCACGCGCAUCUUUUUCCUCGUCGCUGCGACGACAAACCAUUCGUGGUAUCGUGCAAUGCAGUCGGCCUUGGUGACGGUCGACAACACGUCCAGAAACAAGUCCCUUGAGUUGAAUUCGAAUCGUUGCGAGAUGAUCUCGUCCCAGUACAAGGACGUUGCCGUGUCGAGAUUGGCACGGUGCGCAUGAUGCCACGCUGCUUUCCGCGCCGCGACGUGUGCUUCAAACGUGUCGUCGUCCAGGCUCUCUAACACGUAUGGAAAGUCCACAUGGACGAACUUGUCCAAGCGCAGAGCUAUCUCGCUGGCCGAAUAUGCCGACGAUUGCACCGAGAUACUGAACCCAAGCACGCCGUGCGUGUUGCGCACGCAGCACCCGACAUCAUAUCCCAUUUGAUCGCGACUCCGCAGGGUAGAGUACAAGGGCUCGUUCAUGAUGUGUUGGAUCAGGUUGGCGUAUGCGUUCGAAGCGAUGUCCCGCACACCGAGUUGGUAGUAGAUUUCGACGAACGAGUUGACUUCCUCGACGUGUUCGCUGGGCUGCCGUACGAGAAUACCUCGCCCCAACGGUGACGUAGGAAGGACCAGUGCGUGGGGCUUUUUGUCCAGAGUGUGGAUGCUUGGCGCGUCGGAACUUCGCGCCGUGGCGGUUGCAACGUGCUGCUUCACCAGUGCCCACAUCGCUUCAGCGCACGUGUCGUCGACAUUGCCAUGGAAGAAUCCUGUGAUGCGCGCGUUGGUAAACAUGUCUGACUUGACGAACGAUGCGAGCGUGCUGGCAGACAUGGCUUCGACUGCCGCGCAAAUGCCGUGUGUCUCGACUGCAGUGCUGUCGAGCACAAGCAAGCGCAAGUGCCGGGACUUCUCGCUUGGCUCCAAAUCUUUGUUGUGCAGGUUUUGCACAAAUACACGACGAAGCGUAUCAAAUCGAGUCACGUCGACGGUGCCAGCCGCGAGGGUUUGAAAGAUCAUCGACAAGAGAGUCCCGAUGUGCUGGCUGUACCCACGACACAACACUUCCAAGUCGAAAUCGUGCACAGUCAAGUCAAAGACCAUUUCAGCGCACUCGGCGAGGUAUCGGUGCUCCCGGAGGGCGUGAUUGACCACUUCGCAGUACAUCAGGGCACAGGCGAGAGCGUCCACCGAUCGGUGUACCGUCGGAAGCGCGACAUGGAUGCACGCAUUCACGCGGGGACUACCACAUGUCAAGUCAGGCAGGACCCACAAGUCGUCGUGGCCGCGAACUCGAUACGGCACCACCAUUGCCGUGGUCGAUGGAGCCAUCAUCAAUCGGAAAUCCGUCGGGAUGUAUGGAUUUCGCCAUGGCCAUUGCGCAUGGAUGGGAUUCGACUGACUCCACGUGUCUUCCAGGCGCGGGUCGAUGGUUUCGCAAGUAUAGCGCGUGCCAAACCAUGGCUCCUACACCCAGCUCGUGACGCAUGCUGGUCGCACCACAGCCACACACCUUUGUCCACAUGACGUCUCUGUCAUCCUCGAACGAGCUCGACAGGAGAACCACCCGAAGACUCUUGACCGAAAACGCCGGCAGCAGCAGCCGCACCAGAUCCGGUUGGAACGGGCCUUGAAACAAACUUGUUCGGAGGAGGUCGUCGAGAGGGACGCUGUUUCGGGAUUGCAUUAGCCGGGACAACUCUUUGCACGCCACGAGGGGAUCGACUGGUUCGUUGUACAAGAACGCUAGCUCCGACGACGCCUUCAACUCGUCAAAGACCCACGCGGGUAGGUCGGGGCACUGCUUGAGCAAGUUUACACACGCAAACACGUGCUCGACAAUCUCGUCCCAGUGCUCAAUCCCUUGGUCGCUCAGCGUGAGCUCAACUUCGAACUGGGAACCGUACGACCCAGACUCGUAGCCGUCGGUGUCGGACACCCCCGCGACAAUCGCUGUCGCCCACCCGACCUUUGUCAACUACGAGCGAGACGGAUGAGGAGUUUUCAACUGGGUCCGGCAUGCACCGUCGAGAUGAGCGACCCGUUGCACUCGUUGCUGACGAUGUACCGGAUGUACUCUGCUGGCUUCUGGCGGUGAAGGCCCAGCAGCGGCGGCAAGGCAAAGUAAAUGUGCAUGGCAUGCAUAUCUCGGAGCGGAAUCAUCUUGAUGAGCUGGGACUGAAUCGCAUGGAAGGGCGAUCCGUCUUGUCGGUAGGAUGGAGUAGCCCGUCCCGUCCGCACAGCACCAAACGAGUUCGCUGCCCACGCUUCCAAGUACUUCUCAAAGAACUCGCGAAGGGCUGUGUUCGUGUCGGCCAUGCUCGUCUUGCCAGGUUGUGG